UCGAGACAGACCCAUUUUUCAAUUAUUGGUAGAUUUUUCCUGGUAAUUUGUGAGGAAAGUGUAUAUUGAACACAGUAUAUCUUCAAUACUAGGCAAAGACCGACAAGAGGUUGACAAAACAGGUGGUCGCUGAAACCUGUUAUUGAUGCGCAAGGGCAAGGCGUGUGAGCUGUUUAUCGAUAAACAAGAUAAUAGUAGCAACCAGCUGCAAACUACUGAAGUUUAGUGGCAUUAAAAUGGGGCACCUAAAGUGUCUUAGCGUUUUGUGCCUGGCUCUUUCUGUCGCGUCAGCAGCCAGCAAGGACCCUCCGGUCGUCACCACGAGCCAGGGUCGCAUCGUUGGCACGAGGCUUGAGUUCAGCCCCAUCGACCCUGCGCUUCGCCGGAGCGUGGACGCCUACCUCGGCAUACCGUACGCUGAGGCUCCCGUCGGCCCGCUGCGCUUCAAACCUCCCGUCGCUAAGUCAUGGAGCGGGGAGCUUCAGGCUACCAAGCUGGGAAACCGCUGCCCACAACCCCUCUUUUUCCCUGCCGUAAACCUGACAGUGACCGGACCUUUCGCCGAGGACUGUUUGUGUGUCGAUGUAUUUGUGCCUCAACCUGUUCCUCCAAAUGCAGCCGUUCUUGUCUUUAUUCAUGGCGGUGGCUUCACCACUGGAACAGGUGUCCUGGAGGAUAUGCCCCCCGUUGCCACUGCUACCAUUGGUGAUGUUAUUGUCGUAACACUGAAUUAUCGACUCGGGGCUCUCGGUUUUCUUUCAACAAACGAUGACGUCAUUCCGGGUAACAUGGGUCUUUUGGACCAGCGUCUAGCCAUGGAGUGGGUGAGAGACAACAUCAAAGCUUUCGGCGGUGAUCCCGCACGAGUGACUAUCUUUGGUGUGAGUGCUGGGGCGGCCAGCGUGGGUUUGCACAUGGUGUCACCGGGAAGUGGAGGGCUUUACCGAGGCGUCAUCUUGGAGAGUGGUGAUGCGGCUGCCCCGUGGGCCACCAUUCCGGCUAGUGAGGCACCCCGUCGAGCCUUCACUUUUGGAAAGCUAGUUGGCUGCGAACGCCAAACGUCGGAAGAGUUGCUGAAGUGUCUGCAGCAGUUGGAGGGAUUUGACACGAUCAUCGAAAACCAAUAUGAGAAGUUACUUGCACAAUUGGGAGAGGAGAUGUUACAGUUGACCUUUGCACCCGUUGUUGAUGGCGAGGUCAUUCCUGCUGACCUCAGUGACCUCUACGAGCAGGGCGCCAUCAACGACGCCGUCGCGAUUAUCGGGUCUCUUGCAGAUGAGGGUAUGUUCAUGGUCAAACCUAACUUCCCGAACAACACCGACGAAGCGCCGUUUGUCGACAGCGACACCUACGAUGUCUACGCCAAAACUCAACUCUCCUUGUUGGUAAGCCCCGAGCCGAUCGUCGCAGACGCAGCCAGAAUGAUGUACACUGACGCUACCUGCGCAGACGCACCAGACUGCGACUAUCUUCAGAGCCUCUCGCAGGUUAUCGGCGACCCCAUGUUUGUCUGUUCUGCGGUGAAAACGGCCAAAGCCUUCACCAAGGCAGGCCGCAAGGUCUACUACUACCACAUGAGUCAUAUCGCUACCACAUCCUUACUGGGCAAUAAGUGGACCAAGUCUAUGCACGGCGACGAUCUCAUUUUCGUCUUUGGUAUGCCUCUCAUCGCUUCUGCAAACUGGUCAUUCACCGAGGAUGAAGCCCGGAUGUCGAUCCGGACCAUCAAAUACUGGGCGAAUUUAGCUAAAACUAGCAAUCCUAAUCUGUCCUCCUUGGAUGCCGAGCAGGGGGAGGAGGAGAAACUGCCGGAAUGGCCGUUGUUUACCCUGGAGGAACUCGCCUACAAAGACCUGUCACCAUCUAUGGGGAAUGGGCGUGGCAUCAAGGCCAAGGAGUGCCUCAUGUGGAACGAAUUCAUACCAAAACUCGUUCAUAUCGCCAAGGAAGCCAAAAAGUGCCGAGAGACCGAAGAGGCGAAAGAGAACAAAGAUGGCGUCGAUGAGGAAGGAACGUGCACGAAGGAGACCUGCCCAGAAGAAUAGAGGAAUGAUUCAUCUACCCAGCUGGGGUUUGGGACCAAACGAUUUCUAAAAGCAAUGAACCGCUUACACUCGAUAUUAUCUUCACAUUAAAAAGAACUGGGCAAGCUUAUUCAAAUUUUAUGUACGUUUUACGCAUUCUGGUUGUUUUCUUCUUUUGUCUUUUUUAGCUAAAGGCAAACUGCUUUUUAGAUAAGAAUGCUUGAUAAGGGUCUGUAGGCAGUCAAACGUGUGAAUGAGAGAGUUGUAAUGAGGGGUUUGAUUGGUCCAAAACGAAUUUACACACAGUUGAAUAACAUUGUAGCGUUGAAUGGCUGUUGUUAGUGUUUUUAACAUUGUGAUAUAUAUAUACUUGAACAUCAAUUAUACUUUGGAAUCUUCGUACAUUAUUGAGUUCGAUACUAUAAUUAUUUAAUCUAUACAUGUGGAGUGAAAUCAAGAUCAAGCCAGGGAAAGAAUGAAGUGUCGAGGCUGUGUAGAAGCAUCUGCCUCAAGACUGCUCAUAUACUGCAACAAUUUUUAUUUGGGCUCGUGCGUUCAGCCAUUGUUGUGAGACAUGACGGGCAAACCCUUCGAUUUACAUAGAACCUCUAAGUGUGACCUUACGACGUUGUGUGAAAAUGUUUCAAAACACUGUGGUUCUGUUAUUAAUUUCACUAUGCGUUGUCUUUCUGUGUUUCCACGAUGUUGCUAUAA